UUCGGAAUCAGCCCAUUUAUGCAUACGACGGAAUACGGAACAUCGUAGCCCCAACAUCACUGAAUCCCACUUUGUCAUCUGUAAGUAGCCGUUUGAGGUUGGGUUUACUGUUUAGACGCUGUUCGUUACUGGUGUUCGCAUCAGUGGUGACUGGUGAGAGGAUUUUUUUGUUCGGAUCAGAGAGCGAGAGAGAGACUUCAAAAUGGGUACUCUGUUCUCACCACUCCCGUUGGCUUCGAAAUUGCUCGAGCCUUAUUCGAUUACAGUCUCAGUCAAAUCAGAUUCCAGCAGUUCGCGUCUCAGAAACUCCAAAGCAUUGAGAGUCUCCUGCGAUUACUGUUGUAUCGAAGUUAGGGAUGUUAGUUAUCGACCCCCUGGAACCCAGUACAACCUUUUGAAUGGAGUUAGUCUUUCCCUUCCUGAGAAAAGUUUUGGAUUGGUGUUUGGACGAAGUGGAAGUGGAAAAACAACUCUCUUGCAGCUUCUUGCUGGGUUAAACAAACCAACAUCGGGGUCCAUAUGUCUUCAAAGAUAUGGAAGUGAUGGGCAGCCAAAUCAGCUACCUGAAUUAUUACCUCCAGAGAGAGUUGGCAUUGUUUUUCAGUUUCCUGAGAGGUAUUUCCUGGCAGACACAGUACUUGAUGAAGUUACAUUUGGGUGGCCAAGGCAGAAGGGAGGCUUUCCGUUGAAGGAACAGCUUGCUUUGAGACUCCAAACAGCAAUUAAUUGGGUUGGACUCAGUGGGAUAUCAUUGGAUGAAGAUCCUCACUCUCUAAGUGGUGGUUAUAAGCGUCGUCUUGCCCUGGCAAUUCAAUUGGUACAAAUCCCAGACUUGUUGGUGUUGGAUGAGCCUCUUGCUGGUCUAGAUUGGAAGGCUCGUACAGAUGUUGUAAAGUUGCUAAAGCACCUAAAGAAGAAGCUAACUAUACUCGUUGUUAGCCAUGAUCUCAACGAGUUAUCAUCUUUGGUGGAUCAUUCAUGGAGGAUGGAAAUGGGUGGGGUCCUAAAGGAAGAGCCUCUACCAGUUUAGUUCUGGCACUAUAAUACUAGAG